AUGCCAGUUUUGAUGUCCGAAAUGGACCCCAGAAAUCAAGGUGAAUCUACUUUUGAAGUCGUCCGCGAAAGCGCCGGCAGGUCUGCGACUGUUUCUGUCGCCUUGCCAUCAUCGAUACUAUCAAAUGCUCAAUCUCCUGAGCUCAGGAUGUACUUGGCUGGCCAAGUAGCCCGUUGCAUGGCCAUUUAUUGCGUUGACGAAGUCAUCAUCUUCAAAGAGCAAGGCGACGGACAAGCCACGGGCGACCGGCAGGAUUCCCGACGAAGAAAUCACGAGCAUACCCAGUUGGAUAACACCGACUUCUUCAAGCUCAUAUUGGAUUACCUUGAAACUCCGCAAUAUCUGAGAAAACACUUGUUCCCUGUCUCAUCUGAGUUACGCCUCGUUGGUCUUUUAAAUCCUCUAGCACUGCCUAGUCAUGUUGCUCGAAACGAACCCUGCCGAUGGCGAGAGGGAAUUGCUGUGGGGCGCGGCAACUACCCAAGAAACCAGCACCGCAAAGCACCCAGCUAUGGCAACGUCUCUAUGAAUACAAACUUGGGGCCGCCGACAAAGUUUAUAGAUGUCGGGCUAGACAAAUUAGUAGAAAUCGACUGCACUGUCCCUAUUGGGGACAGGGCCACCGUCGACAUGGAACCAUCCGGUCCAGAUUACGGCUCGUGUCCUGGGAAAUAUCUAUUUGGGCGACUAGUAGAUCAUGACUGCCCAAAAAAGACGGAAGGCACAUAUUGGGGCUAUCGUACCAGAAUCGCAGAGUCACUCUCCGACGUGUUUCGCGAUAGUGCCGUCUCACUGACUGGAUACGAUCUAACUCUCGGGACCUCGGAACGAGGCACACCAAUAUCCCCGCAUUCAGACCAGUCAGACCUCUGUCUUCCGGAGUUCAAGCACUUACUUAUUGUAUUCGGCGGCGUGAAUGGUCUCGAGAAGAGCGUCAUUGGAGAUGAGGGUUUAGCCUCUCUUGGCAUUUCGCCCUCCCUAGUCCAAAACGAGAACCAUCACAGUGUUGGUGAUUUGUUCGACUUCUACGUUAAUACAUGCCCCAACCAAGGGUCUCGGACCAUUCGAACAGAAGAAGCCCUUCUGAUCUCCUUGGCAGCAUUACAACCACUACUAAAUCCCCAAAAAGCACAAUGA